AUGGCGGCGGCAGGUUCCAGGAAUGUGGAGUCACCAGAGCAGCAGGCGUUGAAGAUGGCGGAGGCCCUCCGCGAUGAUUCUAAUGUGGAGUCACUCAAGGAAGCGCUGAAGAAGAUGGAGCUCCUUGGAGGGAGGCUGUCGGCGCUGCUUCGCGGGCGCGUCGUCUCUCAAGACCACGUCUGGUUCCGCCUGGCGUUCCUGGCGGACAAGCUGAGCGGCAUCGUUGCGGUGCUGCAGCGCCAGCUGGACAAGCUUCCGAUCUACGACGAUCCCUCCAAGCCGGAGACGGCGCUCCGGCUGCAGGAGCUGACGCAGCUGGCCGACGGGGAGGUGCGGUGCCUCCUGGACGCGUGGGAGCAAGCCCCGCUCUGCCCGCUGCCGUGGCGCAAGCAGGUCCGCCCCGCGACCAUCGAGAGAAGCCUCGCCUGGCUCGUCUGGAAAGGGAUGCGGCUCACCGACGUACUCACCCACGACGCCGACGCCGACGCCGACCCCGUGUCCGCUUCUGCCCCCGAGCUGCUGCGGCAGGAGCAGGAUGGAGGAGGAUGCCCGCUCUUUGGCGUCGACGGUGCGACCAAGAAGCUGCGCACAUGGCUCACGGAGAAGGACGACGGCGGCCUCAAAAUCGUCUCCAUCGUCGGACGCGCCGGGGUGGGCAAGACGGCGCUGGCCAUGGAGUUGCACCAUCAGAUUAGCGGCCAGUUCGACUGCUGCGUGACUGCCAAGAUGUCCCGGAGACCUCACAAGCACCACUUUCUCCAGCACAUACUCCACCAGAUCACAGCAGCUGAGCACGCGGCAACCGACCAAACGGGUAGGGUUAGCAGCCAGAACCAAAAUAGUAACAGCCAUGUUAUCGUUGCACACCCAGUGAGAGGCAAGAUGAUGCCGCCAGUGCCUAACUUGAAGCCGUUUCACAAUGACAUGUCCACAAAAAAUGCAAUCAACUCAUCCACUGAGCAGAUGGAGGUGGUUAGCAACAUCAAGAAAAGGCUGAAAAAUAAGAGAUGUUAA